AUAUAUAUAGCUGUGUAUGUGUGCACUAAGAACUUCUGUAGUGUUCAUCCAAACUUCUCUGACCGGAAUCCGAGCAGUACCGAUUCUUCGUGAGAACUCACCUGCAGACUGAAGCCACAGAAGCUCGAUACCCUCGAGAAGCUUGAGACCCAACUCUUCAUCAGUAAAAUUAUUAUUAUCUUCUAAUUUCUACCUUUCCAGAUAACGAAACAAAAACAGAACGUCCAGUAGCUUGUAAAGAAGAAUGAGGAGACGUUUCAAAAGUAUCCUUAUCACGUUACUCUUUGUUUACUCUCUAGAUGAGGCAUCUAGUUCUAUUAGAGAAGAGAAUGAUGUGACGCCUGCAAGCCGAGAUCCUGUCAAGCGACCUAUUGGAACCCUUAUAGAGAAUGACCAAUUACCCAAAACACAUAACGGCAACAACGCUCCAUCUCUAGCUGAGGCCACUAAUGACAAGAUACUUCAUUUCUUGGAAGAGAAGGCUUUGGAACGUUUGCUCUCAGAGUUCACACUUAAACGUAGCUCGAAACCAGCAGAAAAACGAAAUAUUGCGCACUUGGCUCGAAAGGGUUGGUUAACCACUUUGAGGGCGUAUAGGCCGACUCGUCCUCCUCCUAAAAAUCGCUAUUCUCAGAGAAUUUACCGGUACAACUGGAAAAGAGAGAUGCUGCCAUCUGGAGACGAACCAGCUAAUUUUAAAGAAAACGGCUCUUUCUUUAAAGAUUAUGUUGAACUAAAUGAUGACGAAUGUAUUGAAACAGGUGAUGCACUUGAGCCCGACUUAUUAACCAAGAGAAACAUCGGUGCUCUUGCUCGAUCUGGUAAACUACCCCGCUCGCACGGCAGCACAAACUGGUGGGAGCUGAAAAGAGACAACUACGUCACUCCUGUUCGUCGCUUUUUUCUCGUUAUUCCAAAUGACCAACUUUCAAUUAAACACCAACUUACAGGCAUUCAAGAAAAAAAAUGUAAAACUGUCCGUUAAAACCAGGUGAAAAAAUGUGUCCCGUUUCGUCGGUUCUCAUAUAGAAGAUGUUUCCAAAUAAAAGCGUCAUUUAUUGAACAGUUGUUUCAAUAAUGAAGACCCUUAUCAUGUAAUCUCCAAUGAUUUAUCGUUUGCUCUUCCCAGUCAUACUAUUAUGUAUAACGCAGAAAAUAACACAAAACUAGCACCGUACUUAAUAUUUAAUAAUAUCUAAGUUAUAGUUAUGUUUUGUUACAGUGAUUUGAAUGUGUAGUAUCAAGAAUCGUUGUAUUGUUGCUUAUUGAUACCAUAAGGCAAAUAAAUCUUCAAGGUAAUAGUCAGCA